CCGCGACUUUUAGUUUACGCCAACCAUACUAUUGUGUGAGGUUCUCAUUAGAACUGGCGAGAAGUGUAAUUUAGCGGAAACUGUAGACGCUGAAACUGCACCUAGUGGAAUGUGAAUAGGUGUUGGCGAGUCAACCUGACCGAGAAUCAGGUGUAGUCGCCAAUGUCAAGAUAUAAAGCCAUGAAGAGAACAAGAUCGUCUCAAUUAGUGCACUCGCAACAACCUGUAGAGUGGCGGCGGGCAGCUGAAAGUGAAGGAGACUUGUCUGAUUCCGACGACGAAUGGUGGAGUGACGAUUCCAGUUGCAGCACUUGUUCAUCUGAAGAUGAAGGGUGGAAAUUUGCUUCUGAGGCAAUGUCUGGAGGAGAGCUGUUUUACAUCGAGUGCAAAACUCAGAACUGGAAUAUUGCACAGAAGAUGAAAAAGAAAACAUUGCAGGGAAGCGCAAGUUCAGUUUCAAAACCAAACAAGGGAUGGAAAAAAGGCGCCCAUGGGACUUUAGCUCAAAUGAUGAACAGAAAUCGCAAGAGCAAAAACUCUCAGAACUCGACAGAAGUGGAAGAAAAGAGUGCUCAUUCAACUCAGAGUACAAAUAGUCCAAAUUCCAGCCCUGGAGAAAUUAUUGAAGUAAGACUCCUGGUGGAGCCUCGGAGGCCCAAUCUUGGUCGUCGGGCCACCUUGUGCGAAAUGAUGCUGGGCAUCGUGCCGGGCCGACUGAAACCAGGUAGCGAAGAUGACCGAAUUUUGGUUGCCGGCUUCAUCCCCGACAUGCCGGCAUCGAUGAGCAAGAAGAUGAAACUGGGGGACUGGUUGCAGUGCAUCGAUGGACAGCAAGUAUUUCACUCUAACAUCGACAGUGUACUUUUGCGGAUCUGCCCAAAUGCCACAGUCACUUUGCGCCUCCGCAGAAUUGAGGAUGGUACCAAUAUUCACGCUGCGCCCUACUUGUUGUCAAAAGGUUUAGAAAUCGACCACUUGCUGCAAAUAUUGUGCAAAGGCUCUGCUGCCGCUGCAAAAGGCUCCUUGUUGCUACUGGAGAAAUCAGAUAAAAUAAUUUACAACUAUCCGCAAGGAGGGGAUUUGGUUGCAAACAGAGGAAUCUUCAUUACUCUUUGCCAUUUUCUUGAAGAUACCUUCAUAGUGAAGCCUCAAAGUACUCGAAUCCUGUUUGAAGACCGACCCUUCACCGUGCUAUAUUUAAGCGAUGAUAACCACGUUUUGCUGCUUGCAUUGCCUGCUGACAAGAUAUGUGAAUCUUUGGCCGUAGAGGUAUUCAGAAAGUUUGUUGAUGCUAUUCACUUCACAUACCACUCCUUUGUCAGGUGCGCGGAGGAUUACAAGCUUCGCUUAGACCUUUUAGUAGAUUCCCUGCUCAAACAAGUUUGCAACGAGGAACAGCAACUGCUGUUCCAUACGCAUUCAGCAACCCUUCCAAUCAAAAUACAAAUUGAGGUGGACAGCGCUCUCUCUCUUGUAGAAGCAGCUCCAACAAUAACCAAAUUUUCUUCAGAUUUGUUUCUCGUCAUUGGAUCUUGUCUUUAUUACAAGAACGUUUGUGUGCGCAACCACUUGCCUGACGAUCUGUUAAGCCCUCUGACCUGUCUUUUGUGGAUCCACAAUAUUUUGUCUUUGGAGCACUCUGGCUUGCCUUUGCAACGAUUGCUGGCUUGGAAGGAAGUUUUCCCACCAGACCAACAAGUGCCACAUGAUGCAUACGACGAAACGCCUGGCAGAUACUUCAUCCUACUUCUUGGCCAAAACCAACUUAUCCUUGCAGUUUUGAUAAAGUGCGAUUUUUUGAAUGAAAGCAACAGCGAUGUGAUGAAGCCCAGCGUCGCCUUCAUUGAACAAGUGCAAGAAACUCUCGACAAUUUACAACUCGUGGGCCUGGCCAACGUGCUUGACUCUUACUUGGACGAUAAGGGAGGAGAAAGUGCAGAAAAAGUGUCCGUUUCAGAUCAGCAAAGCAACUCAUCAGACCAUAAUUUUUCGCAUCGCAGCGGCAGUGUUGAAGGGAUCAAAAGAUAUUCUCCAAAGAGAAAUAGCAGUCGCCUUAGCAUAAAUUCUGAAGGAGAGACGAUCAGUGAGACUAGCUCAGAGGCAAGUUGGAACAGCAGUGAAGUUUUUUCAUACGGGCGUUUGAACAGAUACAAAUCUCCCAGCAGGCUUUUGAUGGAGCCUUUUGAGCGUAAUUUGAAUGCUGUGCUGGUUUUGAAUGGAAGAGAAAGUGUCAUUUUGGCCAAUAAUGCGUCCAAAGACAGUUUGGACAGGCAAAUUGACUUGAUCAGGAUAUCUUUGAUGAGCACUAUGAGCGAAAGGAAAAGCAGGAACGGAGUUAUGGAGGCGAUUAUUGAGUGCGGAUUUGUACUUGCGAGCAGAGGGCGUAAAUCGGAUGAAGUCUGUCUUGUCGCUUGUAAGAGGCUAUCAAUGGACGGCAGCGCGAAACUCAAGCUAGUUUUUGUCUGGAGCGAUGAUAUAGCAAUCAAUUUCAAUGAGUUGUCAAAUAGGCUGUCUUUCUUAUCAGUUUAAAUUUCAUGGAUUUGGAAUUGAUAUCGAUUUGUAAUAAUUAAAAGAGACAACUUGAAGUGAAAAUACGAGAUUUUAAUGUUCAAUAAAGAUCAGCAAUGACAUUCAAGUA